AUGGUGGCACAGGGUCCGAAGGAAGUCCCCGAGAUGAUAGAGCCCAACAACAGUCUCAACCUUACGGUAGGGAAGCAGGCCGCAAAGAAAGACGAGGACCCCAGGAAGCCACUCCUUGUUGUUAAGUUACAGGUGAAGACCAGCUUGGUUGAUGCCAUAGUUGAUUCAGGGAGUCAGAAGAAUUUGAUAUCCGAGACCCUGGUUCAGAAACCUUAUGAGGAGCAGCUAAGUAGGGUAUGCUUGACUACCUUUAGCAAGCUUCAGGAGGGAGAUCUUGACAGGUUUAAGGCCUCUACCGCACAUCCGUACAAGAGUCUGAGGAGAUCAAGAAAGGAUUUUGUGAUAGUUUGCCUCGAUGACAUCUUGGUGUACAGCAGAACCUGGGAGGGGCAUCUUGCUCAUAUAGAGAAGGUUUUUGAAGUGCUACAGAAUGGACAGCUAAAGCUCAACAGGAAGAAGUACAAAUUCGGGAAGGACGAGUAA